GGAAGAAGAAGAAGAAGCGGGAAGUCUGGUCUUCUCUCUUUCUUCUCCACUUUCUUUCUCAACAGUUCAGUUGAUUACUUACUCUUGAUUUCGUAUUAAGGAAAUCGAUCCCCAACGCACUAUUAAUUCAUUGCAUUGUUGUUGUCCCCUUUAUUCAUAUUCACUUCUCUGUAUCAUCAUCAUCAUCGAUCAAUCCAUAUUCUCUUUCUUCUUCGCUUGCCAAGCAACAAUCCUUCUACCAUGGCCAUGAACAGCCAGAUUGGAGAAUCUCGGAGCAUAGAGAACUCUAUUACUGCUGUCAUUCUCGAUUUGGACGGCACUCUUUUGAACACAGAGCAAGCGACGAAGAGUGUUUUAGUGGAGGUUUUGGCAAAAUAUGGGAAGGUCGUGGACCAUGACAAGGAAGAGAAGAAGUUGGGGAUGAUACACAAAGAUGCUGCCGCGGCCAUUGUUAAGGACUAUGAUCUGCCAUUGAGCCCUCAGAGCUAUUCGCAGCUUAUCUAUCCUAUGUAUCAUGAAAAGUGGAAGAAAUCAAAGCCACUUCCUGGUGCGAAUAGACUACUGAAACAUCUUCGUAAGCAUGAAGUGCCGUUUGCUCUUGCUUCAAAUUCAUCGCGUGAAAAUGUAGAUAUGAAGAUUUCUCAUCAUGCAGGUUGGAGAGAAUCAUUCUCUGUCAUUCUUGGAAGUAACCAGGUCAAAAUGGGGAAACCUGCUCCAGAUUUGUUUCUGGAAUCUGCCAGCAGAAUGGGAGUUGAUGCAACUCACUGCCUUGUGAUUGAAGAUUCAGUAGUUGGCGUUCAAGCAGCAAAGGCUGCUGGAAUGAAGGUGGUGGCCAUUCCUUCUCUCCCUAAAGCAGCCAAUCAAUAUUCCAGUGCUGAUUGUCUGCUUCAUUCACUUCUAGAUUUUCAGCCAGAGAUAUGGGGUCUUCCGCCAUUUGAAGACUGUGUUGAUGAUAGCGCAUUUCCAAUUGAAUCCAUCUACUUGAAGGGACUGUUUAGCAAUGGCCUUUUGUAUCAAUCAGAAGAUAGCAAGCCAUCUGCUCUUCCAGAUCAAGUUUCUGGACUAUUCUUUGGAUGGGUCAAGACGAAUAAUGGUGAAAUCUUCAAGGCGGUAACCAACUUUAGAUGGAACCAUGGUUGCUGUGGUUCCAAGAGAAAAAUUCAUGUAUGCAUUGUUGAUGAAAUAGAUGCCAAAGUUUGCGAUCAGCAGGUUCAACUGAUGAUGGUUGGGUAUAUUCGAGGAUUUAGUGUCCAGGAAGAUCUAACCGCACAAGUUGAAGUACCUGAAGAAAGGAAAUCCGCUGCUCGUGUGUAUCUCGAUUUGCCUAUGUUCUCCACUCGACGAGAUGACCCCUUAUUUCUACAAGCUUCUUGGGAGGAUCUAUAUGUCUGAUUGGACUGUAGUUGGCUGCAGUACCUUCAGAUUUGCAUCAUAUAACAUUUGAAAACAUAUUUUCUAUCAGGAUUUCUGAUUAGAUUCAGAUGGGAUCAUAUUUGAAAACUGAAUUUUUUAUACUUGCAAAUUAAAAACAUUGUCCACACGUUCUUGUACAAAAGGAGUGUUUCUCCUUAUCUUCUUACAUAAAUAAUUGCCCUAUCUAAUAACUUGUGAUGUUGAAGAAGUGUAUCCUUUUUCCAGGAGUGCUUUUGAGGUAACUCAGAAUUACAUAUGUUUUCAUGAA